CUUCUGAGCGCGGGCGUGAGGCGGUGAGGACCCCGCCCGGGAAUCCUGCGGCGGUCCGAAGCGGAGUCCAGCUCCGCGCGUCCGCCGCCGCAGGGGGGCGCUGCAGCCCUCGCCAGCCGCCCGCGCGCUCCAGGCGGUCCCCGCGGCAGGGCGCGCCGCUGCAAGAUGUCCGUGCGCCGCGGCCAGCGGCCCGCGCGGCCCGCCACCCGCCUCUCCUGGCUGCUGUGCUGCAGCGCCCUGCUGUCCCCGGCCGCGGGCUAUGUGAUCGUGAGCUCCGUGUCCUGGGCCGUCACUAACGAGGUGGACGAGGAGCUGGACAGCGCCUCCACCGAGGAGGCGCUGCCCGCGCUGCUGGAGGACUCGGGCAGCAUCUGGCAGCGCAGCUUCCCGGCCUCCGCACACAAGGAGGACGCGCACCUGCCGCCUCCGCCAGGCGCCGCCCGCGCCAGGCCGCCCCCAGCGCCGCCUGGGAUGUUCUCCUACCGUCGCGAGAGCGGCCCGAGGCUGCGCCCAGGCAUCGCCCGCUUCCUGGCCCACGGCAGCGCCUGGGGCUGCCUGGCCACCGUGUCCGCCCACGAGAAGAUCCCAGGACUGCCGUUUGGGAACUGCCUGCCCAUCAGCGACGGCCCCUUGAACAACAGCACUGGGACUCCUUUCUUCUAUGUGACACCCAAGGACCCUGCAGUGGCCGAUCUGAUGAAGAACCCCAUGGCUUCCCUCCUGCUGCCAGAAUCGGAAGGAGAGUUCUGCAGAAAAAAUAUCGUUGACCCAGAAGACCCCCGAUGCGCCCGUCUGACACUCACUGGCCAGAUGAUCGCCGUAUCUCCAGAAGAAGUGGAAUUUGCCAAGCAAGCCAUGUUUUCAAGACACCCCGUGAUGAGGAAGUGGCCUCGUCAGUAUGAAUGGUUCUUUAUGAAGAUGAAGGUAGAACAUAUCUGGCUGCAGAAAUGGUAUGGAGGAGUAGCCGACAUUUCCAAGGAGGAGUACUUCAAAGCAGCCCCAAGAAAGGCCUGAUGCGGUAAGAAGGUCCUCGGGGUUUGUGGGAAACGAAAACCUUCUCCGUGGCACUGCCCGCCAGCGCCUGACAGCUGUCUGUCUAUUGCCGGCUUCCCGGCCGCCCUGUCACCCUCCCCGCAGAACGAGAGAGGGUGACCGGGGAACCCCGUGCCAGGCUGGAGAUUGGAGUGGUCAUUUGCAAACCCCCAGCUCACGCAGGUACACGUAUAUAUAACCUCUGUAUCUUAUUCCAACCAGUCUCACCGACUAGGGAAUCAUCGUUGGUUGUCAAAGUGACACGUGGAGACAGUUGCCGUUCCGUCCCUUAGGACAAAAAAAAAAAAAAAAAAAAAGUGUGUGCCAUGUGAUUGCAUUGUAUUGUGAGAGUAUUUUUGUUGCUUGCUCCGCCCAAAGCAGUCUUGAUUUGAAGCUCACAGGGAGCACGAAGGAGCUAAACCUGCAUCACACAGCCUCGGUCUUGCAUUUGGAGUGAGCUCGCAGGACGGGUUGUCUCUGGAGUCCUCAUCGUGCUACUUACCAGACUACAGAUGCAUUAUCAAAUCCCAUUUGCUAGAAUGUCCUGGUCACUGAGGAAGCCUUGGUCCCACUGUAGCCUGACAAACUUCGUGAGAACACAGAGCCCUGGGCGCAGCCGCAUUCUGUGUGAGCCGGCCGUGGUGAUUCAUUCGUGGAAUGGGUUGGCUUCAGCACCAAACUCCCCAGGUCCCCACGGCUAAUGUUUCUGACGGAAGGUUCCCGUCCCUUAGGCACGAGGAGUGGCAUCCAAAAUAAGAUGCAUCUCAUUCUGUGGCAUGUAGGGAGGAGAGGGGGGAGGUAAGGAAGCAAGGACCAUGUACAAGGAAGCAAAGAAGGCAGUAAUUGAAGGCACACUCCCUGCCUAGUCUGGGACCAGGCUCUUGGCAGGGUCAUCUCCUGUCAGCCGUACAACCAAUGAGAACCAUAUCAUCGUUGCCACUUAUAGACGAGGAAACUGGGGUCAGACAGGCUAAAUCAGCAUCCCAGGCUCUGACUCACCACACCUCAUGGAUGGAGCAAUACUUAGAUGAUUUCCAAUCUUGAGAACAAGACAAGAGAGUCACUGAAAUGCACGGGGGUCAUUGAAUCAGCAAAAUCAGUAAAGUAAGGAUUAACAUGCCUGUCAUUAAUUUGCUACUGUUAACUACCAAAAAAAAAAAAAAAAGUCUCUGAAAUUUGAUUGUUACUACAGAUGUAAAUUUUUACAAAUUAUAUGCAGGAGCUCCUGGUUUUGCAAGAAACGACAUUGUACCCAAGUACACAUCUAAGGCCUAGAGGACCUAUAUGUGUACAUCCAAGACCUCUUACAUUGAAGUCUGUAAAGAUCUAGCAGUACCCAGUUUUCCAACUUUUUAUAAUGGCUAUGAACCCUCUGUGGUGGGUUAGGUGUGUUGUAUAACAUCAAAACAUGACACUAUCUGUAGGAAAUUUACAUUUCCUAAAUAAGUAACAUGUUAUUAAUGGUUAUACUUUUAUUUUAAAUAUUAAGACAUGAACACAGUUUGAGAUGUCAAAAUAUUUUUUAAGUGCCUGUUACUAAAAGCAUAGUAAGAUGCACAGAAUUCUUUUUUUUGUCAAAAUCCAAUUCUCAAAAGAGUUCCUAACAAUAACAAUUUCUAAUACAU